AUGCCCAAGAUGGAUAAAGCCAUACAGGUCUCAAGAAGUGCACCUUCUCUUCUGCUGCCCACUCAUGAUAGCCAAGAUGGGGGAGGAAUGGAGUACACAGGCAGCUUCCGUUCACUGCAUGGAGCAACUGCAGCACAAGGCACCACCGUGAAGCCAGUCUCAUAUGACGUCCAGUCACAGCAUGGGAUUCACACAGUGGACACCGGAGGCGCAACUACUGCUCUACAUGAACUAGGAGCUCGUCCUAAACAGAAAUCCAGGAUUCCGAACCCAAGCCUGAGGAGCAGUGGAAGGCAAAGGAGGAUUCCGGCACAUUUCAAAGACUAUGAGGUCAGUCUGUUGCCAAAACAAUAUGACGCACAUUCCCAGUCUGAUAUUGCGGAGUCACUGUCUGAUGGAAGCACAUUUUCUAAACGCAGUCGGAGACCAAUGGAUGCGUUAAAAAAAUCCCUUGACCAAUCAGAGCUGGCCCAGGUGGAGGAGAGGCUCAGACACAUGGAGUUGGAUGAACUCCAUCGUCAGCAGCAAGAGGAAGAAAAGGCUGAGGAGUGUCUACGCCGCAUGGAUACACAAGCCAGAGAAGCUUCCAUGGCCCGUGAGAAUGUAUCUAACAGUUUGACUCGAGCCAGACGCAUACGCCAGGCAGAGAGAGAUUAUGAGGAGGCAAGGAUGGUGUCCCAGCUUCUGAAAUAUCCUAGUCCUAUGCUUCGGUCCAGCACCAAUCUACGACCAGAGAGCGCCAUGUUAGCGUCGGGACUCAGUCUGCAUGAAGCGCCUCAGCCUGUCCGUCUCCAGCCUCCUGCGCCUCAGCCUGCGCCUCAGCCUGCGCCUCAGCCUGCGCCUCAGCCUGCGCCUCAGCCUGCGCCUCAGCCUGCGCCGCUCCAGUCGCCGGCUCCGCUCCAGCCGCCGGCUCCGCUCCAGCCUAGUCCAGAAGCAGACAUGGCCUCCACUCCCUCAGCGUCAUCUCUGUCCCAUUCUGUCCCAUCAGCUCCUCCGAUACAAGUCCCUGUAAAUGCUGGUUAUUCCCCAAAUAUGACUGAACUGUUGAUAGCAACGACCUACGGCAUCCCAAAGCCGCAGCUCCCUCGAUUUGACACCGGCAAGGAAAGUGACUUUUUGUUAUUAAAGAUGGCCUUUGACAGCUUACUCGGGAACCACCCUCAUUUAUCCGAGCAGUAUAAGUACCAGAUCCUACUUGAGAGACUCAAGCAUCCACCUGCUUACCAACUGGCCAGAGCUCACAUUCAUCAUCCUCAGCCAUACACCUCAGCCAUGCAUGCAUUGACUUCACGAUACGGGCAGCCACGUCACUUGAUACAGAGUGAGAUAGCGCGCAUUCUCAACUCUGCGUCUGUUAAAGCAAAGGAUGUGGCUGCGUUCGAAGAGUUUGCUCUGGCUGUUAAAGCUCGUGCUCGCCGCUUGUCUCACAACACAACUUUUGCUGCUGAGUGGGACAGGAGGGAGGUACGAAACAAUCCCAAACCUCCACCACGGGAGUUUGCUAGGCCAGCUACCAUGUAUUUGUCAACCGAGACGAAGGCGGCUCCCAUGCAGAAUGUUUCCCUCAACCCUGUGGAGAAGCAUCCAAAGAAGGCAAAAUUCCAACCCUAUUGUCCUUUCUGUAACACUCAUGAACACUUUCUCAAUCUUUGCCAGAAGUUUGCCAAGCUGACGGUGGAGGAGAGGCGCUCUUGGAUCCGUGAAAACAGACGCUGUUGGAAGUGCUGUAGAACUCACCCUCCGGAGGCUUGUACACUGAAGAGGCCAUGCGGAGUGUGCAGCCAGCUUCACUUGACAAUUCUGCACGACACUUUGACUCCCGCCGGCCAGUCGUGUCUCAUGGUGAGCAUGCCCAAUCCUGACCUUUAUCUUGACCGUCCAAAUCGUUCUGCACGUGUCAUUCUCAAAGUGGUUCCUGUUGUUCUUCAUAAUGGUGACUUCCAAUUUGAGUCUUAUGCCAUCUUGGAUGACGGGUGCAGGGCACAAGAGUAA